AUGGAGACCGCAUUGCAACCACAACUACAUCUCCUUGGGUACAAAUGGGCGACCACGCUGUUCGAGUUCAAUAUCGCUGAUGGAGAGCCGCUCGCAGCGAUGGAUGAGCACACCCGCACCUGGUUGCAGGUCAAUGCACAGCAACGCGCAACCGAGUACCAGACCCGCGGGAAGCGAUGUGAAGAUGCGCUCACCAAUCUUCCGCAGAGCUCCUCACUGGGCACGUCGCAGGCACAUCGCACAAGCAGCUCCGUCGUACAGUCUUGGAGCCCGACUGCACCAUCGGCAGCAGCAGUUGCUCAGCCUGCCGUGGACAACGUGAUCACUUGCCAAAAGUUCCUGGACCGCCUGGGCUCGCCCGCUGUGCUUUUUGCCGGCCGUGCGCAGACUUCUCGCCAACGCUUGGAGACGCCAGCAGCAGUGCACUUUGACGUUCGCGUUCGCAGACAGAAAAUGGCGGAGCUACAGGCGCAAGCUGCGGAAGCAUCCGAAAACAAGGACCAGCGACCAGUGACAGACAGGAAAGCCCUGUUAAAGGCCAUCGAUGCAGAGCUCGAAUCAGAGGUGGCUGACAUCCUCCCGGCGUUCACUGAGGCAGUUUACCGGACGGAGCGCGUCAGUGAACGAAGCAGAAUGGACACCUCAUGUACCGGCGAGGAAGUGCUCCAUGAUGGACAGAGCCGGAACGAGAAGAGCCGCUCGGAAUUACUGGCAGAAGCUGAUGCUGAGGCGGGGCAUCAGGUUUUUGCGCGGGAUCCUGACAUGAGCGACGCAGAGCACUAUCUGGCAUCGCAUGCUCUGAAGGCCAUCGGCGAGAAGGUCGAAGAGGGCGAGUUUCCGGAGCUUGCAAGCGCGUGGGCCAGCUUCAGUGAGGCCAUCCAGCAAUGGAACCACCACUGUAAGUCAACAGCAGCAAUUGGGGGGAACAUCGACGAGGGACAAGCGAGAGCCGUUACAGAGGCGUACCGCAAAUUAUUGCGACUUUCCUUGCAAGUAGCGCAACGCCACGGCUCUCACCUGCACCUCAUUAUGCCUGACUGGUACAAGACCAUUUGGGAGAACUACGAGGCUGCCAUCAAGCCACCACCCAUGCACGAAAGGGUUUACCAGGCGGUUAAGAAGACGAUUAUUGAGACAGUUCGGGAAGCGGUGACAUGGGUGAAGGAGGCGGCUAGCACCGUGUGCGGCUGGACCAUGGGGGCCUUCCAGACAGUGGUUCAGGCACGAAAACGAGUGGUGAAGACCGUUGUCAAUGUAGUCGCGACCGUCGUGGAGAGAGUUGUGGAUGUAACCCCCCAAUGGGUCCAAGACGCGUAUUCGGCUGCGAAAGAAGGCUUCACCCGCGUGACCAGCAUCAUCAGUCAGUGGUGCAGCAGCGCUUGGAACACCGCGAAGAGUUGGGCAUCAAGUGCGGCUGCAUUCGUGGGACGCACUGUGGCAAGCGUGGGGCGCGCUGCGUCUCAAGCAUUCGGGGCAGCAUGGCGUUGGAUAAAGGAGCAGCUUCACAGCAUCAAGAUGUAUGUAACAAGUCUAAAGGAGGCCGCAGCUCGCUUCGUCGGUGAUUGCAUCGCCUUCUUUCAGAGGCACAUUCCAGAGUGGCUGCAACGGGCUGGGGUGGACUUUGUCAGUUCUGCCUUGGCUUGGCUAGGCGCUGUUGCAGUUCGUGUCUCUGAUGCCUGGAACAGAGUCAAGGCUUUCAUUGCACAUUCUCCCCAGUGGAUGAAAGAUUUGGCUGCAUCGGUGAAAUUUGUUCUGUCUCGCUUGACACAGACUUUGUACCUUGUGUGGGAAAACAAAAUCGGGUGGCUGCUCGACUGCAUUUUUGUUCGAUCAAGGGCUUUGGCCGACAUUGCCCGCUUCGCGAAGUGGGGAAACAGUGAAGUCGUUUCGACUCGCCAUCAGAUGUUGCUCUUCGACGCUGAGCAAAAUGCACAGGGCAUCUCUGACCAGCGCAUGCGACGAAGGUCAGCUUUGCAAGCCGUGUGGCAGGCAGGCUGGAUGGCUUGGCACUUUGGUUGGGAUCCGUCUCUGCAGCUCAAUUUGAACACUGGCUUGUCGGACGUGGCUCAGUAUCGGCAAGACAGAGCCAACCAGGCCUUUCUGCAAAGUCAUCAGGAAUCUGUGACGAAGUGGUCGUAUGGCAUGGCAGUGCUGGGCCUCCCCGUCGCCAUUGUCAUGAUGAUGACUGCAGGCAUGGGGACUUUCAUCUUUGUCACUCAGGCUAUCAACGUCAUCACCGCUGCAGGAAGCCUGGUAAUCAUGCAUUUGCAGGAGCUCGCCCAGGAGGAUUCCACACUCACGGAAGAAGAGAGGCAGGAAAGGCAAGACAGGCUUUCACUCUGGCAAGGCAUCCUUGGCAUGGUUGGCCUCGCUACCUUCGCCUUUGAUUUCUUCAACGGUUUCGCUGCAUCACAGGUAGCUGGUGGACUUGCAGCUGGUGCCGCUCCGGCUGUGGGAACGCUGCGGCUGACUCGCAUUGCAGGCCUUGUUCGCGCCGCUAUGCGUCUUGUCGGGCAGGGUGCUCGGGUGUUGCAACUUCCGAACUUCCUGCGCACUGUAGACCGUGUUCUUGCAGCUCUUGGCCUCAACGGCGCACGUCUUGCACAAUUGGGCAUGACAUCGCGUACUCGAGUGUGGAUUGUCAUUCUGGAACUGGUCAACGGUGUUGUCAUGGUGCUAAGAUCCUUCCUCAACAUCAUGCAACAGCUCAACAUCAUGCAACAGCGGGAGCAAUCAAGUGCGCAAGAGCGAGAUGACCAGAAAGAGCAGCACCAAGCACUGUCAGCUGGGCGGGUGGGAAAAAAAAGCACUGCAGCAGCUUCAGAGGAGAUGAGGCAGACGGAGGAAAGUUGUGAGAUGCCGGUUGGCUCCAAGUGGGCAUGGAUAGCUCGGUCGUCCGAUCUUAACGCCGGGGUAGAAACGUCGGAGGAAGCUUCCGAAGAGAGCCAGGUCUCUCGUCGCCCUACUAAGCGCAGCCAAGCCUCACAUGAGCGUCUGCGGUAUGCCCGGUCUGGCACAGAGCCUGUGGAUGUGUGGUUUAAGGGGACCGAGUGGCAGACAAGUCGCGAGUUGACAGAGUCGGAAGAAAAGCUGCUAAAGGAUGUGAAAAGUGAGGAGGAUCUGCGCAAGUUCUUCGAAAAGCAGGCCAAGUCGCAGAAGCUCGAGCAAAGUCGAGGCAGCAAGUUUGAGACCCGCACGCAAAAGGAUGGCUCAAAAAUAGUCGUGGAGACAGAGCGCCACAGAGGAGGACAUGGAGGGGACGACCACAUCCAGGUGCGGAGGAGCCAUAUGGUGGGGCAAGAAGGGUCUGAGCUGGAAGUCAAAGUGGAGACCCGGAGUACAAAAGGCAUUCUCAAUGAAAGCAGGCUUGUCUUCCACACCGGAGCCAAAGACUCCAGGAUCACCGGUACAGCUCUGACCGACGAUGCCAUCGAGGUGCUGCUCAAGAAGUUUGGCAUUCCUCGGGACAAGGUCAUCAUCAAAGACGGACUAGUCAGAGCCAAAGAAUGGGAUGUGAACCCCGACUCGCGUCCUGGAACCUUGCCUGGAGUGGACCGGCAGAAUUCAGGGUCAACCCCGCCAGAGGCAGGAUCGGCUGCUGGAGGCCAGGAAGCAGAGGAGGCUGCUGCAAAGGUGUUCGGAUCGGGAUCGCAAGAGCGAGAUGACCAAAACACUGCAGCAGCUUCAGAGGAGAUGACGCAGACGGAGGAAAGUUGUGAGAUGCCGGAUGGCUCCAAGUGGGCAUGGAUAGAUCAGUCGUCCGAUCUUAACGCCGUGGUAGAGACGUCGGAGGAAGCUUCCGAAGAGAGCCAGGCUGCUGCCUCUCGUGGCCCUGCUAAGCGCAGUCAGGCCUCCCAUGAGCGCCUGCGGUAUGCCAUGUCUGGCACAGAGCCUGUGGAUGUGUGGUUUAAGGGGACCGCGCGGCAGACAAGUCGCGAGUUGACAGAGUCGGAAGAAAAGCUGCUAAAGGAUGUGAAAAGUGAGGAGGAUCUGCGCAAGUUCUUCGAAAAGCAGGCCAAGUCGAAGAAGUUCGAGCAGAGUCGAAGCAGCAAGUUUGAGACCCGCACGUCAAAGGAUGGCUCAAAAAUAGUCGUGGAGACAGAGCGCCACAGAGGAGGACAUGGAGGGGACGACCACAUCCAG